CAAUAAUAAUAAUAACAACAAACGCAUAAUUGCUCUUACAAGUAAGAAGCAGAAUUAGGAAAGAAAACCAAAACAAAACACAAACAAAAAUGGCUGCGGUCAAUUGGUUUUGUUUGGUGUUGGCAUUCGCUUUUAUCAAUAGUUAUGUUUGCAUAAAAGUCGAUCCAAAUGGAAUACCAAAUGGAAAUUACACCACAAUCAGCCUUAAUAGCCAGACGAUACAGCCAUAUACAAAAUCAGCCACUAUUACCAGAAAUGAGGCGGAUAAUUUCACCCUAUUGGGUGAUACCGAGUUAAGUGCAUCAGAGCGUACAAGACGUUUAAUACCGUACAUGGCAUUUUAUGUGCCCGUUUCCGAAUUGCCCAUUAAUAAGCAAUAUGCCAGCAAAAACAACAUACAUGCGACAAAGCAGCUGGCCAGACCAAGUGCAACAGGACCAACUGGUAGCUAUAUACCCUUACCACCACAAUAUGUGCAUAGUGGCAUACAAUAUCUACCACCAGCUCCAGCAGCAGCAACAGCAACAGCCUCGCAAUUAUCUUCAGCUCCAAGUGGCCAACAGCAUUAUCAUCCAAAUCAGCAACAACAACAACAAAAAGUGCCUUAUCAUGGUGUUGGUAGUGGCAGUGGAAGCAGUGGCAACAAUAAUAAUGGUGCCGCUGCUGUUUAUCGUCCACGAACUAAACAAUCGAAAAUCAAUUUAACACCAUUUACACCAUCCAAUACAGUGCCAGGCAAUUUUGUGCCAAUUGUUUAUACGCCACUAAACAGUAAUAAUAACAAUAACAACAAUAUUUUAAAUUCACAUGCUACGGCUGUAGGUGCAGAGGCAGAGGCAGGAGAAAUCGAUGAUAGUUCAUACAACCAAGAUGAAAACCAACAAUAUCACAAGCAACAACAUCAACUACAGCAGCAUCGUCCACAUCCUCAUCAUCAGCCACAGUCACAGCAAAUUGCUAUAGAAUAUUCUUCUGGCCCAUUACCAACAUCAGCAUCGGCAGCAUUAAUACCAAUCGAUGUUCAACCAGUGCCUCAACGCCAUCAUCAUCAUCAACAGCAGCAACAACAACAACAUAAUCCUAAACAACAAUCACAGUAUUAUAGUGUAACAACAUCUCCACUUAAUGUUGAUUUAACACAUAGUGUAGUUGCAGCAGGAGGUGGCACUAUUGCUUCUGGAGAUUCAGUGAAUUCAGCUCAUCUUCAUCAUCACCACCAACACCAUCAUAAUGCAGAAGCAAUUAGUCCUCCUACCAUCUAUCAUCAAAAUCCACAUCAUCAUCAACAGCAACAACAACAACCGGAGCAUGUAAUCAUUGAUGCAUCACUGCGAACAUCGCAACAACCACAAACGGUAACAGGGAUUGGCUCCCAGCAUCAGCAGCAACAGCAACAAUUGUAUCAUGGUGGUAAAUCAGCAAUACAAUUUCAACCACCAAAACCGGAAAGUUUUUUCGAAAGUGAAAUACAACUGCAGCAACAUCACAACCAACACCAACAACACAAUCAGCAGCAACAUAAUAUUGAACAGGUAUUGAAGGAUGUUAAUUCAUACAGUAUAAAAAAUAGUCAGAUGAUGACCCCACAGGAGAAAUAUGUUAUGUAUUUGCAGCAACGUAUGCGUUACAACAAACAUCAGCAACGACAACAUGCUACAAGACAUAAAUAUCGUGAGCCCGGCAACAAUAAAGAACGCGAACAACAACAACAGUAUCAACAUCAACAAAAUCCUACACAAAUUUUUGUCUUAAGUUCAACAAUGUCACCACCACCACCAAUGCAUGCUUCACCUGGCACUGGCACCGUUACCGAUCUAACACCCAUACAACCACUACAACCCUCAACACACUACGACCCAAAUUAUCCCCAGCAUAGUCCCAUGCAUCAUGAUUUAUAUCCUAGACCUGAAUUGAAACCUACCGCCAGUGGAGUAGGCACGAGUGCUACAGGUGGAGGAGAGGAACAAGUUCUUACAAUACCCGUUCAUAGUUUAUUUGGUGAAUUGGAAACAUUGCAACAGCAACACCAUAAUCAUUAUUCACAAUCUCAUACUGCAUCGUUACCAUCCCACCAUAAAUCACAAUAUUCGAAAAAUGGGCCCCCAAAACCCCAAUACAUUGACUAUCCGAUUGAUGAACCUGGACAGUCGUUGGAUGAUGAACAACAGCAGCAGCAACAGCACCAGCUGGAAUUUUUAAAACCCACGCUGGGACCACCUUCCCAUGCCUUUAUAGUGGUAACAACAGCAGCUCCAUUCCUAAAUGAACCCGUAACACAGGAAAAUUAUGCCUCCUCAUUGAGGCCACCAUAUAAAAAUAAGCCAAAAGUAAGAUUGCAGCCAGUGUUGAAAGAAAAGAAUGUCAAUUAUCCAACAAUUAGAGAACAAAAUCCAACAGGACGACCACAAAUUGUAUCGAUAACACCGCCACCCAAGUCCCAUGGUAGCUACAAUGAAGAAGACGCAAAGUAUGUGUAUGUAAAAGAAGAAUUUGGACAAAAAAUAUCAGCUGCACAGGGAGGUGGGGUUGGUAAAUUGAAACCAUCGAAUAAAUAUGAAAGUGAUGAUAAUCAAAUUCCACAACAACGACAACAGUAUCAUCAACAAUAUCAUCAUCCGCAGCAGCAGCAAAACGAAAAUAUACCAUUACAAACAUUAGCAACCAGACAGCCGACAGUACAUCAUCAACAGCAUCAUCACCAUCAUAAUGAAGUGCAACCUAAUGUGGCAGUCACAAACAUAGAGACAACACCACCUAAAACUAUUUUAGCAGAUCCUAAUGAAUUGCCUGACAUACGCACAUCUUCGUUGGCGGAAAUAUUGCACAAAUUACAGGAAAGCAAUCAUUUGCCACAUACCUUGACACCAGAUAACAUUGAUAAUUCCAUAAAAACACUUAUACGCAUAUUGAACAAUUUGAAACAAACCCAAACAAUUGUGGCCAAUCCACCGCAACAUCAUGAAAUCCCAGCCCAUCCACAUCCCUCCUCACCCGACUACGAUUACACCACAGGCAGUGAAGAAGACCAUCAACAGCCAGAACCAAACGAUUUAAGUUUACUAACACCCACAGGACCAAAUAAACAUCCUGGUCCCAGUACAGGUCGUCCGGGUAUUGAUUACCCAAAUUAUGCUGAAAUACCACAAACAGAAUUUGAUUGUUCGGAGCAACGUUACAAAGGAUUCUUUGGUGAUCCCGAAACGAAUUGUCAAGUGUGGCACUAUUGUGAUUUAAAUGGUGGCAAAGCAUCAUUUUUAUGUCCAAAUGGUACUAUUUUCAGUCAGAUUGCCUUAACUUGCGACUGGUGGUUUAAUGUUAAAUGUGCUACAACGUCCCAGUUGUAUGUGUUGAAUGAACGUUUGUACAAAUAUAUUUUGCCCUUUACACCGAAAUUCCCCGAGGACUAUAGUGGACCAAUAGUCGAUAAAUAUUUGGCCAUGAAAUUCCAAGAAAUGGAGGAAAAAAUGCGCAUAGAAAAGGAGAAAGCCUUGCAAGAGGAGGCCGAAGCAGCCACCGAAACCGAACCACCAAUUGAAACAGUUUCCGGGGACAGCAAGGAGGACAAUCACUUGGAAGAAACCACCACAGAAGAUAAUCCCAAUCGACAUGUAAAGUCCCAUCCUCCCGCUCAGCAACACAAACACGAGUCGGUUAAUUCUCAAGUUAGUGAACAAAGUUCCGAACGUAAUCUACUCAUAGACGAUGAGGUUGACGAUAUAUCACAACGUGGCACUGUAGACAAUUUUGAGAGCACAACAAUAGCCACACUGACGGCAACCAUAAAACCCGAACCGAUAUCAUUCAGUUUAAAACCCAUUAUUGUUUCGUCUACUGUGGGCCCCGACUACGAUGAGGAACAAUUGCAAAGUCAUGACAAUGAAAAACGUAGCCACGAAAACCUUAUAAAAGAUUCAGAGGUGAAUAAGACUGAUACAGCCACAGAAGAAUCACUUGAGAGUGAUGAUGUUAAUGAUACUAAUGAUGGGAGUACAGAAAAGUCAGUGUUGCCAGCACCGCCAACCACAACAUCAUCAACAUCGAAUAAAAUGCAAAUUACGGUAGAAAAAGUAGAUGUUAUUGAAAUAAAACCAGAUACCGCUACUGGUCAUUUAAUACGUGAUAUGUUAUUGAAUAGUAAACACACAAAUUAAUAGGAACAAUUUGCGUCUAAGCAGUAGAGUAUUAGGUGAAAGUUAAUCAAACAAACAAAAACACAAGAAUAACGAAA